AUGUCUGAGCUUCAAGGGGCCUUUCUACACUGCCCGCUUUCGUUCCAUUUGACAUCACGUCUUCUCUUCUCAUCUUCAAGAAAGAAAGCAUGUCAGACGUGGACUGUGAAGGGACAGGGGACCAACAGCACACCGCAACGGUCUUCAAAAGGUCCGCAAACCAAUGACGACAAAAACUCUGGAAAGAGCAAGGUGAGAAGGCUGCAUGGAAAUUCAUUGCAGCGGCUAGCGAGGAAAGUCGGCGAAGCUCGUGACAAAUUUAUGGAAGCCUCGGACGAAGCAAAGGCGCUCAAAUCCUCGCCAGAUGGGUUCAUCCUUGGUUCCGAAUUUUCCAACCUUGGAAUCUCCAGCAUGUCUUUGAAGCAAGACCUCGAUGUACCGCCAGCUCCAAAAUACUGGGGUUUAGACCCUCAACACGUGUUUGAGAAGGUGAGGGAGUAUCUGGUGCGGGAGGGUGUUGAUGAAAGCGAUUGUGACGAAUACAUUGAGGAUCUCGGUAGAAUACUCUCGGCGUUGCGAGGAUGGACAUUUGCUAUUAGUGACCAAGCGCGGCCGCUCUUGCAGCUCAGUGACCAUGAAGGGAAUGAUGACGUCUUUCAAACCACUUCGUCAGAUUCUGUAGAUGCGCUCGUGACUCUGCUUCAGCUUGGUGGCUUUGCGGUGCUCCCUGACAUAAUAGAAAUUACGGACCCUCCCUGCCCAGAGGCGCUGCCACUUGGGGAAUCGAUAAAAGAUACGCUCGACCCCACCCUAUCUCAGCAUAGCCCAGCGGUCCGCCAGCAUAUCGAAAGCAACGGCGUGAAUAUUGGUAGUUCGUCGCACUACCCGUAUCUGUUCAUCGCAACCAGGGGUGUUACUCUAGUUCGCAAUUCUGGUCUACUCUUUCCUCAGAAGAUUCGAGCGAUAGAGCGCUCCUAUUUCAGUUGGAUCAGCGCCCCAUUUGCUUUUUUUGUGAAACCAAUUCUGGCGUUGAACGCUUUAGGAUGGAACCUAGCCCUGAGGGUCACACAGAAGGAGCUAGAUCGCCCUGACGGACGCGAAGACGCAGUACGCGUACUGUCGGCUGGCCCCGAUGUCGUUGGGCAAAGCGGUUCCCCCAAUGACUCGUCGCUUGAGCGUACAAAUACGAAGCGGGUACGACGAGUGGUGCCCGCACUCAAACUUGACGGAGGAUGGAAUUCGUUGGCCCGAUUGUUUUUGCCAACCUUUACGCAGGAGCCGGCUCACGAAUUGCUGUUUUUGAUGUAUCGCGAGGUGGAUUUAGAUAAGGACUCCAUUCGAAGGGAAGCUAGACGCAAGCUUGCGCAGCAAGUGAAGGAAUCUGUGGCAGAAGUGAUCAACCCUAUACCGCGAAAACGAAGGACUGUCGACAAACCCAAAUGCGAGACGGGAGAGGCUGCCUUCUACAAGUUUCAAAAACCCAUUGGUCGUCUGAAGCCGGUCAGCAUCAAUUUGUUCAGGUCUGUUCAAUGGGGUACGAUCAAACACUUCCUUCCAUCUACGUUUGUUUUGCCUGCAACAAGAGACUUGCUAAGGAUUGAUGCGUUGACACUCCUUGGACUUGUCUCGACCAUUGCAACGUAUGCAAGAAACGCAGAGACACCCUUCGUGUUCCCUCUUUUGUUCGGUUCGCUAGCUACUUAUGCCGUACGAGUCAUAUUCGGCUGGCGUUCGUCUCUGAGCAAAUACAAGGGUCAGAUUGCCAGCGAGAGAGCUAAAGCCAUUCUUUCGCAGGAAAGAAGCGCGCUAGAUAGCUUAGCAGUCAUAGCUGCAGAAGAGCAACUUCCAGAUGUAUGCAGUGUUUGGCUUUGUGGAGUUUUAAAAAACAUGAAAGAAGCUAGUGAAAUACAAGAGGACGUGUUCGGAGAAGUGACGCUGUGCAGGGAAACGGUCCAGUCUUGGAAGGAUUGGCUCAACGACAUGGCCGCGAUUACCUCGUAAACGUUUCAGGAAGUGGACUCGGAGGGACCUGAAACCAUUCAUAGGGAAUUCCUCAGGAACGAAUGAUCAAAUCGAAGGGUUCCGCGCGCUUCAACGGAUAUUUUCAUUUUCUUGUUUCCGCACUAUCUGCUGCAGCCUUCACGUAGGAUGAGCGUACGCUUAUCACUCAAUCAGUGUUGCAGUACGAAACUAGACCCUCGGGUGCGUUGUCCUUGUUCUGUACUAGUUCUCCAGUUAACAGCGACUCCGAAAGUUCAGGGGUGGGCGACAACACUGAUAAAAUGUUACACGAGCAUAUCUGCA